AUGGUCCUGGCCCUCGUGGUCGCCUUCGCCGCCGCCGGUCACUUCGGCGGAGGUGGAUUUGGUGGACGCUUUGGUGGAUUUGGCGGUGGAAAAUUCGGUGGAUUCAGCAGCGGAGGAUUCGGAGGUGGAUUUGGAGGUGGACACAGAGGCUUCGGCGGAGGUUUCGGAGGAUUCAGAGGCGGGCACGGAGGAUUCGGAGGCGGAUUCGGAGGCGGAUUCGGAGGCGGAUUCGGAGGUAAAAUACUAAAUUUGGACCCGAAAAUGUGUAGGAAUGCAAGGCCGAGGACAUUUUUACCAGAGCCUUUAGGCUGCAUGAAAUCUAAAGCUAUGGAAGAUUAUCAACUGCAAACCAUUUUAAAAAUUCGACCGCGCGACACUUCUGACGAAAAGAAUGAAAUGCUUAAGUUUUGCCUGAAUGCAUCUGCGGCGAAAUCUGUGACAAACGUCCAGCCUCCCAAGGCCUUCCCUGCCAUGUGCACGCCAGGAGGGAACCGGCGACCGCAGCUGAAGAGACCAAAUGCAGGGGAUUUCAACGAGCCAGAGAGCGUGAUCUAG